ACGAAAAAUAUCACAAGAAAAGAAAAAAAAACCAUUUAUUCAGUAUGUUUUCUCUGGGUAUGAGAACCGAAAUAGAAAAUCUGUGGGUCUUUGCUCUUGCAUCAAAAUGCAAUAUUUUCAUUCAAGAACAUUUUAUUUCUCUUCUCAUCGCCGUAGCCAUCACUUGGUUUACCUUCACCAUCGUAUUUUGGUCUACACCUGGUGGACCGGCUUGGGGAAGAUACUUUUUCACUCGCCGGUUUACUUCCGGCUGUAACCAAAAAAACAAGAAUCUCAUUCCCGGUCCGAGAGGGUUUCCACUCGUGGGAAGCAUGAGCCUAAGGUCAAGCCGCGUAGCUCACCAGCGCAUAGCAGCAGUGGCUGCGAUGAGAAACGCCAAGCGGCUCAUGGCGUUUAGCCUCGGUGAUACCAAGGUGAUGGUGACGUGUCAUCCUGACGUGGCAAAGGAGAUACUGAACAGCUCGGUGUUUGCAGACCGACCUGUUGACGAAACCGCUUAUGGUUUGAUGUUUAACCGAGCCAUGGGAUUUGCUCCAAGUGGUGCUUACUGGCGCACGCUACGUCGGUUAGGUUCGAACUAUCUUUUUAACCCAAAGCAAAUCAAACGCUCGGAGGAGCAGAGACGAGUGAUCGCGACUCAGAUGGUGAAUGUAUUUGCACGUAACGCUGAAACCGCGUUUGGAGUACGUGAUUUGCUAAAAACGGCGUCGUUGUCUAACAUGAUGGGUUUAGUUUUCGGGAAACAGUAUGAACUGGAGUCUAAUAACAACGUUGAGUCGGAAUGCUUGAAGGGUUUGGUUGAAGAGGGGUACGAUCUUCUCGGUACACUUAACUGGACCGACCACCUUCCUUGGUUAGGCGGUCUAGAUUUUCAACAAGUCCGGUUCAGAUGCUCUCAGCUUGUACCGAAAGUAAACCAGUUAUUGAGCCGAAUCAUUCAUGAACACCGUGCACCUACGUGCAGUUUUCUCGACGUGUUACAUUCUCUUCAUGAUUCAGAAAAAUUAUCAGAAUCCGACAUGGUCGCUGUUCUUUGGGAAAUGAUAUUUAGGGGGACGGACACAGUGGCCGUGCUGAUCGAGUGGGUGCUAGCGAGGAUUGUGAUGCAUCCUAAAGUUCAGUCAACGGUCCACGAUGAGCUUGACCGAGUCGUUGGCAGAUCCAAAGCCGUUGAUGAGUCUGACCUCCCAUCUCUCACGUAUCUAACGGCCAUGAUCAAAGAGGUGUUGAGGCUGCAUCCACCAGGCCCGCUUCUCUCUUGGGCUCGUCUCUCCAUAACAGACACCACCGUAGACGGAUAUCACGUGCCGGCUGGGACCACCGCGAUGGUCAACAUGUGGGCUAUAGCACGUGAUCCGCACGUGUGGGAGAAUCCUUUGGAGUUUAAGCCUGAGAGGUUCGUGGCUAAAGAGGGUGAAGCUGAGUUCUCUGUUCUCGGGUCGGAUAUGAGGUUGGCACCCUUCGGGUCGGGUAAGAGAGUUUGCCCGGGAAAGAAUUUGGGGCUUGCGACGGUUUCGUUUUGGGUUGCAACGCUCUUGCAUGAGUUUGAGUGGCUUUCUAGUGUCAACGCUAACCCUCCUGAUCUUUCAGAUGUUUUGAGGCUGUCGUGCGAGAUGGCUUGUCCUCUUGUCGUUAACUUACGCUCAAGGCGUAAGAUAGCAUAAGCUUCGGUUUAGUCAAUGCACGAAUGCUUCAAAGUUAUUGGCAAAUUAAAAAAACACGUAUUCUAAUAAAACCUGGAAAACUGAUAUGUAUGCAAAGUCCAAAGUGCGAUGUAUAUUCGCCCAUCUUUUAUUGAUUAAGGGAACUAUUAAUGUAUUUGUA